ACUCCUUUCCGUGUAAUAACCACAGUGACACAAGCCCAUACAAAAACCUCCCCAGUCCAGAACGUAGCAGAGGAUUUUUUUUUGGACACGGAAACAAAGGUUGUUCAAUCGAUUGCAACUGGACUGUUUGGUUUGUCUGAGAAGACUUUUCGCCUCUCAUCCAAGUAGGCUUCAUCAGUUCAUGCACAUAUGUGAUGGGACACAAGUAGGGGAUUUUAUUUUUUGUUUGUUUCAUUGCCAUGCAAGUUUUAUAGUGUUUUAUUGCUGUGGAUUUUAAAUUGCAUGCUUUUAUAUUUUAGGAUUUGAUUAUAUUUUGAACUGUAUGUUUUUAUAUUUUAGAAUUUGAUUGUAUUUUGAAUUGCACAUUUUAACAUUUUAGAAGUUGAUUGAAUUUUUAAUUGCAUGUUUGUACAUUUUAGAAUUUGUCUUGUUUAAUUGCAUGUUUUGGAUGGGAGAAAAGAAUAGAAGAUUAAAAUAAAAUAAAAAAAAUAAAAAAUCGGUCUUAGCCUGGGCCCUGGAGUGGGGGUGCAGACUGAGGCCAAGGGAGAAAAAAACAACAACUCAUAGCCAUAGUACACAUCCCUCUUACAUGUGUGUAAGAGGGAAACAUCAAAGAACACAAAGGACAUUAAAGACAUUAAAGCAGCAGAUACAACCAGACACUUCUACAUACAGCUAUGAAUAAAAAGUAAAAUAAACAUAUACACUGUGGUGGCCUCUGCGGUGUUCCACGCCAUUGUCCGCUGGGGAGGAGGGAGCAUGGCCAGAGACAAGCAGACCCAACAAAGCAACCUAGAGAGCCGACUCCACUCUCGGCCAAUGUCCAGUCCGCAUGGAUGAGCGAGGAUACGUCCAAGGUGACUGAGGUGUCCGACACCUGCUCACCCAGUCGAGACACCGCGAAACCUCUCUGUCCCAGCGCUCAGUGCUAGCUCCGCAGUCCUGUCCCCUCAUCCGCAUCUCCUCCAGUCCCUCCAAACAGACUCUGGUGUAGCAGAGACCCAGCAGCUGGUCUCCAUGGCCAAAAGGCUCCCGGGAGGUAGAUCCAGAAGUCCACAAAAAAAGCACCACAGAGGUCAUGAAAGUGCCACCCCUUGUCACACAGUCCCAAAGGGUCCUGGACCAAAAUGCAAAAAAAUAUGACACAUGAAAACAAGAGGGAAACACAAAAGGAUGACACAAGGGGCGGCAUGGCGUAGUGGGUAGAGGGGCCGUGCCAGAAACCUGAGGGUUGCAGGUUCGCUUCCCACCUAUUAACAUCCAAAAUCGCUGCCGUUGUGUCCUUGGGCAGGACACUUCACCCUUGCCCCCGGUGCCGCUCACACCGGUGAAUGUUUGGUGGUGGUCGGAGGGGCCGUAGGCGCAAACUGGCAGCUACGCUUCCGUCAGUCUACCCCAGGGCAGCUGUGGCUACAAAUGUAGCUUACCACCACCAGGUGUGAAUGAAUGAUGGGUUCCCACUCUGUGAGCGCUUUGAGUAUCUAACAAUAGGAGAAGCGCGAUAUAAAUCUAAUCCAUUAUUAUUAUUAUUACAAGAGCACAGAGCUCCUGCCUACAGCAGCCACUACAGCAGCGCCAUCUUGAAAAAAAACAAAAAAACAACCUCUGGUAUUUUAGCAUCAAAAAUGUCCAUCCAUCCAUGUCCUACCGCUUAUUCCCUUUUGGGGUCGCGGGGGGUGCUGGUGCCUAUCUCAGCUACAAUCGGGCGGAAGGCGGAGUACACCCUGGACAAGUCGCCACCUCAUCGCAGGGCCAACACAAAUAGACAGACAACAUUCACACUCACAUUCACACACUAGGGUCAAUUUAGUGUUGCCAAUCAACCUAUCCCCAGGUGCAUGUCUUUGGAAGUGGGAGGAAGCCGGAGUACCCGGAGGGAACCCACGCAUUCACGGGGAGAACAUGCAAACUCCACACAGAAAGAUCCCGAGCCUGGAUUUGAACCCAGGACUGCAGGACCUUCGUAUUGUGAGGCAGACGCACUAACCCCUCUUCCACGGCCUAACAAAAUUGAACUUUGAGCAAGCUGCAAACAGCUUCUUUAACUUUCAACAACAAAAAUCCAUUUUCAAUACCAAAGCUGCAGAGAUAAUCCACCAGAGACUUCAUCCCUCCUCUCUGACAUACACACAUCAGCAACAGACAUGAGCCAGAAACAAGCCUGCAUCUUCCUCAAAGGGGCGUCGAGGAGACAAAGAACCCUCACCCACGAGGAGGUAGAAGAGUUACGUGAGGCAUUUGUGGAGUUUGAUAAAGACAAAGAUGGCUUCAUAACCUGUAAAGACUUGGGUAACCUGAUGAGGACCAUGGGUUACAUGCCAACCGAAAUGGAACUGAUACAACUCAGCCAAAACAUCAACAUGAACUUGGGAGGACGAGUGGACUUUGAGGACUUUCUGGAACUGAUGACCCCCAAACUCUUGGCUGAAACGGCAGGCAUGAUUGGUCUAAAAGAACUCAAAGAAGCUUUCAGAGAGUUUGACAUUGACGGCGAUGGCUGCAUCACUUCCGAUGAGCUGAGGCACGCCAUGGUGAAGUUGCUGGGCGCGCAAACCAGCAAGAAGGAAAUUGACGCGGUGGUGAGGGAAGCUGACCGCAAUGGGGAUGGAACUGUCGACUUUGAGGAGUUUGUGAGAAUGAAGUCACAAAAAUGAGGGCAACAAAGGACUAUGGAUGUCUUUGAAUCAACUUGACGCUUCCUUUGCUCUCAUCAGAUCGGUCAUUUUUACUGCAACAAUUAUUUUUGUUACAAAUGCAUGCGCUACAUUUAAUGCAGUUAUAUUUCUCAAGAAUUGAAUUUCAUGUCACCUAGUUUUCCAUGAAUCCCUUCAGAGUUUUGUUUUUGUAUGAUGAUGGGUAACACGGACAAUCCUCUCCUCAGAUACGUCUUCAUAAAAGUAAUUUCACUUCACUAUUUGUCUGUACGCACAGUCAAAUGGAAAGGCUGAGAAAGGAGUACAUAUUCUCAAGCAACUUUUGAAAGAAACAGUGGAUAGUAACUCUGAUCCAUACCUAGCACUACUUAGUUACAGAGCAACACCUCUUGAGUGUGGCUUGUCACCCUCUGAACUACUGAUGAACUGAAAGCUUCGUACAACACUACCAGGUAUGUCAAGACCAACGCAGAGUCAAAAGGUACAACGAAAGCUAAAGCAACAAAUGCUAAAGCAGAAGUCGUUUUAUGACAAAGCAGCCAAAUCGCUCCCACCACUAUCAUCAAGGGACACAGUGAGAAUUGAAAGUCCUGAUGGUUGGAAAACAAAAGCUACUGUUCUCCAAGAAACAUCACCACGAUCGUAAACUGGGAAGACUGAAGAAGGACAAAUACUACAUCGAAAUCGUCACAGUUUGCUGAAGGUUCCAAAGACUGUUUCAAACCAAGCAGCAGCUGAGUCCGAGGUUUCAUCAACACCUACUGAUUUUGAAACAAUGCCAAUGCAGCACAUGAAUGAAGAUGUAACUGACGAUCCUGAACCUGUGUUGAGAAGAUCCACAAGGCAGAUCAAGAAACCUGUGGAUGAUGACUAUGUGUAUUAUUGAACUCUUUUAAUUUCAAACUGAUUGACAAGCAAAAGAGUUAAUGUUUUCUAAUACUGUUGGACAUGGAUCAUUUUUGAAAAGAUUGCAUAUUCAUGUGGUCAAGAAAGAAAAACAAGUUCUUUUUUCUUUUCUUUCUUUCCUUAGUUUAUUUCGAACAUGACAUACCUACAACAUUAUACAUCAGGCAAUUUCAUCAUUUCACAAUUCACAAUACAUCAUGUCCGAAAAGGAGUAGGAAGAAGCAAAGCUUAUUUAAUCCUACCCCUUUCCCACUUCAGAGCGCCCACAAAUAUAUACAUUCAUUCACUGACCUUCUUUACCACAAAAUGACAUCCAUGAAUGAGUAACACAACAGUUUUGUUAUAUGUACUUAAUUAGUUCAGUCAUUAUUAACAUACUGAGAUGAAGAAUAUCUUAUUUUCAAUAAGGUUGAAAGUGUUUCUCAUAAUUCUCUUCUUUGUACUUUGUAAGCACUAUUAAUUUGAACAGCCUCUUAAACUGGAUCAUAUCAGUCCAAUGUAUAAACUUCUUCACUUAAUCAAUUCCAUAAUUUAAUUCCACAUACUGAUAUGCUAAAGGUUUUAAGUGUUGUAGGUGCAUACAAAUGUUUUAAAUUAGAUUUUCCUCUAAGGUUAUAUUUCUCCUCUUUAGUUGAGAAGAAUUGUUGUAAAUUCUUUGGUAGCAGGUUAUAAUUUGCUUCGUACAUCAAUUUAGCUGUUUGCAAUUUUACCAAAUCACCAAACUUUAAUAUUUUUGACACAAUAAAUAAAGGGUUUUUAUGUCCUCUAUAUCCAACAUUAUGUACUCUUCUAAUUGAUCUUUUUUGUAACACAGUUAACGAAUGUAGCGCCCAUUUGUAGUUGUUUCCCCAUAUUUCUGCACAAUAACUCAGAUAUGGUAACACUAGCGAGCAGUAAAGAAUAUAAAGUGAUUUUUGGCCCAGGA